AUGGAAUACAAGCUCCCCUCCACUCAGGAGGACCCGCCAAUAGGGGACAAUGGCGUUAAGAACAACAAUACCGAUGAGGCGCAUAAGGAAUUAAUCGAUUCUCUGAAUCGCCUGACUUUGGCGACAGCGACUCCAUUGCCUUCAUCACCUGGUUUUCCCCCUGUGCCUUCCUAUGCCCCCUCUAGAUCUGUUCGAGCCACUCGACCUGUACCUGCUACUCCUCAGCAGCCUAACCAAUCUGUUCGAGCUGUCUCUUUACAAUCAAAUCAGCCUGUGCGAUCUGUCUCACGAAUGGCCGGUUCUGUUUCUGUUCGAGACGAACGACGUGGGUCAAUUGUACAACUACAAAAGCGCAAGUCCGCUGUAUCUCUUCGUUCGGUCUCACAACCGCUCAAAGCAUCAUCUCCAACUCCUGACCCUUCACGCCGCACAUCAUCUAUCUCUGCGGGGUCUCCAGCCACUGCAACAUCGCCCGCGAUGCAUCUCGCACGGCUUGUCUCCAGCCCGGCUCCAGAGGCUCCAAUUCUGACUGCUUCGUCUAUCGCUGCUGAGCACUUCUCAAAAGAGCUUGAACUACACCGAUCUGGUGGUGUCAGUACGAAAACUGCUGUUGUUGUCCAUGACGACUGUUAUGGCCAUCGUUACUCCCAGCUAGCAGCGCCGAAACGAACUAUCGAGAGCAUUGUCGAACGACCGGAGCGCAUACGCGCCUGCGCUGUAGGCAUCUCUGCAGCGUAUGUUCUCCUCGGGUCCCGAUAUGCGGAAGAUCUCGCACUUAAACCAAGGUCGAGAUUGAACAAGCCUGAUGUUCCUUUUCAAAUUAUCAGGACUGAUCGCAAGGUGCAUUUGUCCGAUGCUGCUGUGACGAACGUUCAUGGAACCCAAUGGAUGUCAGAAUUGAAAUGGAUGGGGGACCAUGCAGAGUCCCGACUCAUCGCAGAUGGAAACGAACUGGCCAGAAAACGGAUGGCAGAAGGUGACGGCCUCGGGACGAAUGGUCCCGCUCUGAAUGCCGGCGACCUCUACUUAUGCUCAGAGUCUGUGAAUGCCUUUGAAGGAGCGCUAGGGGGGAUCUGCGAGGGCGUGGAUCUUGUUUUCAAGUCUGGUCCAAUCCAGCGUGCAUUCGUCUGCAUUCGGCCUCCCGGGCACCAUUGUUCAGCUAACUUCCCUUCCGGCUUUUGCUGGGUCAACAACGUUCAUGUCGGAAUUUCACACGCAGCAACCACCCACGGUCUUACCCACGCGGCCAUUCUUGACUUCGAUCUUCACCAUGGUGAUGGGUCUCAGGACAUUGCAUACGAUCACAACUCCAAAUUACUUAACAAAACACAACGGGCCGACUUGGCUGGAGUCAAUGCCGCAAAAUUCAAGGAAUAUCAAGAUGCUCCUCCAUACACCAAAGCAGCAAUUGGCUACUACAGCUUGCAUGAUGUGAACUCUUUUCCUUGCGAGAAUGGCGAACGCGACAAAGUCAUGGGUGCCAGCCUCUGUGUCGAUGCACACAAUCAGUCUAUUUGGAACGUUCAUCUCGAAAAAUGGGCCGAUCUCGACGGGUUCUGGAAAUUGUACGAGACAAAAUACAACGCACUGCUCAUCAAAGCCCGGUCAUUCCUUCGCCAACGCACGAUCGACCUCAACCAGGAACGACAAGAAAAUCCAAGUGCUCCACCGCCCAAGGCAGCAAUCUUUAUCUCGGCCGGGUUUGAUGCCAGCGAGUGGGAAGGCGACGGCAUGCAACGCCACGGUGUGAAUGUACCGACUGAAUUCUACGCCAGGUUCACCGCGGAUAUCAUCCGCAUGUCGCAAGAGGAGGGCCUCGGUGUGGAAGGGCGCGUCAUCAGCGUCCUGGAGGGCGGCUACAGUGACCGCGCGUUGUCCUCCGGUGUGCUCAGUCAUCUGUCAGGUCUGAGUGAGAAAUCAGCGGUCAAAAGUGAGUGGUGGUCUCCAGAUAAUCUGAGUGAAUUAGAUGCCAUCAUAGCGGCUCCAACGCCCAGCAAAGGGCGCAAGAAGAGUGCCGCCACCUACCUGACAGCCACCAAAUCCUUCGCAGCAAAGAUCGUCGCGCCCGGGAGAGACCGGAAGUCCACCGAGGACUUCGAUGCCAACAUCGUCGCUGCCCCUUUGCCAGAAGUGAGUUGGGAAGUGGCCACGGGUGAGCUCUCGAAACUCAUCAUCCCCGAUGGCCGCCAGACCCUGAGCUGCCGGCCGGCGGAGCUGAACCGCCAGCGGCGAGAGCAGAGCGCACAAAAUGGAGGUCUCGAUCUCCUCAUCGGCGUCGAGAAGGGGCGCCAGCUGCGCUCGCGCAAGUCUAAGGAGUCGACCCCCAUGCCCACCACUUCUCGCCCUGCCACCCCUCUCCCUGCCACCCCACGACGCCAGCCCCACAAGGGCCCGAAGACCACCGUUGCCGCCACAACCCUCCCCGCUGCCUCAUGCGAGGCUUCCCCGUCUGUAGGUGCCUCCCGUCGAAAGAGCAUCAGUCAGACGCGCGCGGGAACUCCACACCGGGCUGUCAGCCCCCUGAACCUCCCCCCAGUUCCACACAUCUCGACUUCCGUGGGGGGAGUCAGGGGCGGCCCCCGGAUAAUUCUCAACAUGCCAGCGCGGGGAACCCGGUCGUGA